UUUUUAACUUUUAAUAAUGGUGUUUUUGCGGAGAAUAAGACGAUAAAAGUAGAAAAAAGAAACAGAGUAAUAAAGGAAGAGAAACAGAGACACAGAGAAAACCGAAACAGAGGGAGGAAUUCAGUAAAGCCAUGGUUAUGGAAGAGAAUUUGUAUGAGGCCUUGGGUUGUUUUGUCUGACUUUGCUUCUUCAUCUUUCAAGAGCCAUAUCUGUUAGAUUUUUGUUUUGUGGGUAGAAGAAGAAGAAGAAGAAGAAGGGCAUUUUUUUUUAAAACCUGUCCCUUAUGGUUUCCUUUGGUUUUUCAGAGCAUAAACAUCUGUUUGAAGAUUGAGAUUAUGGCAACUGUCUCAUUUUCUUUUGUGGAUUGAGAAUUUGAAAUGGAUUUUACAGAGUCCACUAAGGUUGUAUACAACAGAAUUCAGAAGCUAGACCCUGCAAAUGUGUCUAAGAUCAUUGGGUAUCUUCUGUUACAAGACCAUGGUGAACGAGAAAUGAUCCGGCUGGCUUUUAGCCCAGAUAAUUUGAUUUAUUCCUUGAUUACCAAAGCCAAGUCUGACCUUGGGCUAAACAAACCAGCAGUUUCUACUCCAAUCUCACCAUCUCAGGUGAAUUCAGUACCUGCUUUAGACAUCCCUUUACAAUUCACUCCCUUUUCACCAGCUUCUCCUCACCCAGCUUCGUCUCCAGUAGCUUCACAUAGGGCUGUAAGCUCGUAUUGGGAUGCUCAAGUAACUGUCGACCAGCAACAGGUGCAUAACUUGGACUUUGGCGAGCCGGGGUAUUCAGAGUCGGUUGCUAAAGAUUAUAGGCUUCCGAGCCAAAUGCGGUACCUGACAUUGGAUGAUCAGUUAGAGUUUGCUAAAUCUGUGAAUUCUGAUUUUUCUAGCAAUUACUUUUACCCAGAACCUGCAUUGGGUCCUAGGACUAAUAGAAGGUCUCCAAGUUUGCCUGAGUUACCUGUUAAAGUUUGUCAUUAUUUCAACAAGGGAUUCUGUAAACAUGGAAACAAUUGUAGGUAUUUCCAUGGCCAUCCAAUGUCAGAAAGCUUUUCUCAGAUUUUCAGCCCGAAAUCAAAUGAGAUUUCCAGCGAAGAACAUUUUAUCUUGCCAGGGUCCCUUGAAAAGCUUGAGAUGGAGAUUACUGAACUUCUGAGAUCAAGACGAGGAAUGCCUGUUUCGAUUGCCUCUUUGCCAAUUAUGUAUUAUGAGAAAUAUGGGAGGACCCUUCAGGCAGAAGGGUAUCUUACAGAAAGCCAGAGACAUGGUAAGGCUGGUUAUAGUCUGACAAAGCUUUUAGCUCGAUUGAAGAACAGCAUUCGUGUCAUUGACAGGCCUCACGGGCAGCAUUCAGUGAUUCUGGCAGAAGAUGUUCCCAAGUAUGCUGGUGAAAGAAAUGAUGCUGGUGGAAUUGUUGCUGGUUCUAGGCAGAUUUAUCUUACUUUUCCAGCGGAAAGUACCUUUACAGAGCAAGAUGUUUCCAACUACUUCAGCAAAUUUGGGCCUGUUCAAGAUGUUAGGAUUCCAUGCCAACAGAAGAGGAUGUUUGGAUUCGUCACUUUCGUUUUCGUAGAGACUGUCAAACAAAUAUUGGCAAAGGGGAAUCCUCAUUUUGUGUGCGGGGCUCGUGUUCUGGUGAAGCCCUAUAAGGAAAAGUCAAGGCUUGUUGAUAGAAAGUAUUCCGAGAAAAUACAGCCCUCAAUAUAUUAUGGCCCGCACUUCAUAGAUGGAGAUUCUGAGCUUCAUUCAAUGACAAAAGUUUAUGGUAAUUCAAGAAUUAUCAGGAAGCAGCUAAUGGAUGAACAAGAGCAUGCACUCGAACUUGAGACAAGGCGUCUCUCAGAGUUGAAUUUAGGUUCCAAAUCCCUCAAUCAUAACUCUUAUUUUGGCUCCUUAAUGGAUGAGUUGAAGUUGUCAGAAGCCCCUGCAGAACAAGCAGAGUUCCCAUCUGCAGAGCGUUUCAAUUAUUUUCUCGAAGUUUUGAAUAACGGUUCCUCCAGCGAGGACAAACUCAAGCAUACAAGCACAAAUUACAGUGAUCAAGAUAGCCAAGGACUUAACCUUCCAGAAAGCCCCUUUGCAUCAAUAGGGAGUGGCAUUUCAAUGGUUAUAUAGAGAAAAUACAGUACAGACAUAAUUAUUAUAAAGGUAGAGAAGACCGUAUUCGAAGACCAUAUUUCAAGGGUAUGAUGAAACAGGAGUUUCUUCUUCUUUUUAAAUUUACCUCAACUUGAUCGGUCAGCUUCAUAGUCGUACAUACCCAACCGAAAAAAAAACUAGAUGAACUAAUUCUUCAUGUUACUUGUUGGUGGAGGAGAAUGCAAAGAAAACAGAAUACAGCAAAAGCUAAUAUGUUACUGGUUUAUAAGAUCUUUUUUUCUUAUUUAUUUAAUGUAAUCACAGAAAAGUAAGCAAGCUAGACAGCUUGUUGGUCUUUAGAAAGAAAAUGUAAUAUAAAUAGUCAUGAAGUUGCAGAGCUCUGUAUCAACAGUCAAGACUCGGUUAUUAAUACUAAUAAAUCUAAUUUAUACAAA